UAGACUAGACACAUGCGUUAUGUAGCUCACCUGCUCACGUGCCUUUCGUAACUAAUAAUUAUUAAGUUGCAGCCGCAUUAUGAGUCUUUCGUAAAAUUGAUAAAGUUGCCGCCGCAUUUUGAGGAUCUGAAUCGUUACGGCUACCAACAUCACAUCAGUGCUGUUCUUGUUGAGAAUCAACAAUGGAGGGGAAAACCGUCAGCACCUGGGCGGGAACAUUCUCAUGUUCCCCGGGGCUCUAUUUUGAGCCAGACUCAUUGGACGCAAUCAAGCAGAUUUUAGAGUCUGCCCGCAAGGCCAGCAUGCGGGUGAGAAUGAUCGGCUGUGGCCACUCGCCAUCGGAUAUCGCCAUGACCGACGGCUACAUGAUCAACAUGAAGAACUUCAAUCAUGUCAUUGAGGUGGACAAAGAAAAAUGUCAGAUCACCGUGGAGGGAGGCUGCCUCCUAGACGACCUGAACACCAAAAUGCUCCCCUUGCAUGGCAUGGCUCUCAGCAACCUUGGGUCUAUUUCAUUUAUCACCAUUGGAGGUGCAAUCAGUACAGCAACGCAUGGCACUGGCGUCAAGCAUGGUAUCCUGGCAACACAGGUUGUCCGGAUGGAACUGUUGACGGCACAGGGCGAGGUCCUGCGGUGUUCCCGGUCCGAGAAGGAGGAGCUCUUCCGCGCGGCUCUGUGCAGUCUGGGAUCAUUGGGGGUCAUCGUCACGGUAACCAUCCAGUGCGAACCGGAGUUUAAACUCCACAAGAGGCAGAUGUCGUGCACUCUGGACGAGGUUCUUGAUAACCUGGACGAGCACAUAGCGAGCAGCGAGUACUUCCGCUUCUGUUGGUACCCGCACACUGAGGGCGCCGUUUUGUGGCAGAAUGACCGCACUCAAAAACCGGCUGCAUCCAGCGCCAACUGGUUCAAAGACUACUUCCUCUGUUACUACACUCUGCAGUUCCUGUACUGGCUAAGUUCCUUCCUCCCGAGACUGAUUCCCAGCAUCAACCGCCUCUUCUACAAUUGGUGUUACACUGGUCGGCGCGAAGACAUUGCCACGAGCCACGCCGUUUUAAACUUCGAGUGCCUCUUCAAGCAGCACGUUACCGAGUGGGCGAUCCCAAGACGUCACACUGCAAUGGUGUUGCGAGAAUUGAAAUCUUGGCUGGGAGCCAACAAAGACGUCUGCGUCCACUUCCCCAUUGAGGUGCGAUUUGUCAAAGAGGAUGACAUCAUGCUAAGCCCCGCCUAUGGGCGGGAGACGUGCUACAUCAACAUCAUCAUGUACAGGCCCUUUGGAAAAUUUAUCCCGCAUGCCAAGUACUGGGCUUUUGAGAAGAUCAUGUACAAUGUUGGCGGAAGGCCGCACUGGGCUAAGGCUCACAAGUUGACGGCUGCCGAUUUCAAGAUUGCCUACCCGGAGUUUGAGGCGUUCUGCAAGAUCCGCCGGCAGCUGGACCCACAAGGCAUGUUCCUGAACGACUACAUGGAGAAGGUGCUGUUGUAGGUCAAAGGUCAUGCGGUCGGUCAAAGGCCAUGUGUUACCGUGGCGACACGAUCAUCGGCUUGACGGCAACAACAUGCACCAUAGACCAUUAUCAUGUUGCAGCCAUCUUCAAGUGAUUUUUUCCCAUUCAAAUCAAGGUAACCAAAGCGAGGCUGGAAGGAAAAAUAGUCUGGUUCCUUUUCGCGCGGAAAACAUUUAUCAUUCUGUACUGUUGCGGGAUACAGGGAACAUGACUGAAAUGGUGGCAGCAUGACAAAGGUCUAUUCACCAAGAAACUGAAAUGACACUGAGGAGUGUCUUUAUUUUGUGCCGUUCAUUUAAUAGUAAUAAUACAUUCCUUUAGAAAUGGUGUGGUCUAUUUUCUUAUUGUAUCUGGUUCGUUCGGUCAUCAUUACAAUGUAUUAGCACUAUGCGAUGUAAAGGAAAAUGUUGACGGCAAUUAUGUAAAAUAAUUUAAACGUUAUAUUGUUGGGAAAUUUUUUUAAGAAAUAUGAGCUAUGUGGGGCUGCCCUUGAAUGCAAAUAGAUAUUAUACCCACAAAAAAAUUUAAAUUGUACCAAAAGUAAGUCAUAUCGCGCAAAACGUUUAACAAAUGUUGUAUUAGUGCUAGUUUAUUCAUAAUUAAAGCCUGCUGGUUAAUAUACGGUGCUAGUCGGUCAGUAUGAGCUCCGUGCGCUACCAAAAGAGGGCGCCCUUUUACCUAACAACGACUUCCCAUGGGCGGGACAUUUUCCUGGUUGGCGCGCACCGUUCCUUGUGUGUGGCGCACGUACACCAGGGGAUUUGUUCUGUUUACACGCUGUGGCCGCGCUUUGCGGCAAAUGAAUUGCAGUCAGGCAAGAUGGCGUCGGUCGGUCACCCCCAACUGUACUUCCAUUGCCGGUGAGGGGGUACUUUGUAUGCUGGCUCAUUUUACAGUCUUAUCCAAAAUUAAACCUUUUUUUUUUGUUAGUUUUGUUUUCCAUCCGAGCCAUACAUUCCAUUUUUGUCUUAAGUAGUCAAAUAGUUUUCUUGCCUUUAGGCCCAAAAAAGAAAG